AGUACUGACGUGUUCACACCAGUUUGCACGAGAGGUGGCUAGUUUAGCUAGCUAGGUAAAGCCGGGUAUUGACAACAGCGGCCGUAUCAGAAUGUCAGAAGGGGACAGUGUUGGGGAGUCAAUCCAUGGGAAACCAUCUGUAGUUGCUGCUUUCUUCACACGGAUUGGACAGGUCUAUCAGUCAUGGCUAGACAAGUCAACGCCAUUCUAUGCAGUGCGAUGGGCAGCCACUCUACUACUUACUGCUGUCUACAUGAUCAGAGUGUACAUACUACAGGGUUGGUAUAUAGUAACAUAUGCUUUGGGAAUCUACCAUCUCAACCUCUUCAUUGCUUUUCUAUCACCAAAAGUGGAUCCUUCACUGCUUGACGAAGAUGAGGGCCCAUCCCUUCCUACCAAGCAGAAUGAGGAGUUCCGCCCCUUCAUCAGGAGGUUGCCUGAAUUCAAAUUCUGGCAUUCUGCGACAAAAGGCAUCGUCAUCGCCAUGAUUUGCACAUUUUUUGAUGCCUUCAAUGUGCCAGUGUUCUGGCCUAUACUUGUAAUGUACUUCAUCAUGCUCUUCUGCAUCACCAUGAAGAGGCAGAUCAAGCAUAUGAUCAAGUACAGAUACCUACCCUUCACACAUGGGAAGAGGACAUACAAAGAGGAAACAUAAGAAAACAGAGAUUGAGAGCUUUUAUUAUAACAAAUGGAUGAAGUGGGUGGCGAUCACACUUUCUUUUCUGUAAACCUGUUGAUUUUUUUUUUUCUUUUUCCAUUUUUAUCACAAUGCUGGGGAUUAUCUGUCAUUACUAAACUUUGAUCAGCACUGUAGUAAGGGAUCAAAACAUUUUCCUGUAAAAAGUUUUUGUUUCAAAGGAUUGUCUGGAGGAUUUGUAUAUAUAUAUAUAUUUUAAAAAUAUGAAAUUUUUUUGAGAUUAUUUUUAUUUUUGUUUUUUUCUUCCAACCACCAUACUGUUUCCUAUUUUUAAAUCCAUUGAAAGCAGAACUGGUUAAUUGGGUUCUAGAUUUGAUGAAUUAAAUAUCUUUCUCAUGGAUUGCAUGUUCUUGUUUUCUUGUGCUACAGUUAUUAAAAAAAAUAGAUUUUAAUAGCUUAAGUGUAAUUUUUUCACUCCAAAUGCUAUUAAAGAGACUGUGUCCCUUCAAACAGUA